AUUAACGGUCAAGGUUGAGAAGGCCCUUUAAUCUUAAUCCCCCAUCCAAUACCCUUGUUUUUACAGAAGGAGAAACUGAGGCCCAAGGAAUUGGGAUACUUUUCCUAAAGUCAUAAAGCUGAGUUCGACCCGUACCGUGGGAUCCCCACUCUCUCAGAAGAAUCUACCCCAUCCUUGUCUUCUCAUUCUGUCCUCUGAGCUUCCCAGUAAGCACACGGCCUCAAGACCACCCUUGACACCGUCAGCCACGUUAUGCGUGCCCAAGGUCCCCUCAGCCUACCGUCCCUGACGCUGCCUCUAGCCUCCUCCGUCCUGAUGCUGCUGCUGGGCAGCCUGUGGCUGGUGGGGGCUGGGCCCAGCCUUGCCCUGGCCCCCGAGCUGCUGCUGGACCCUUGGCAGGCACACCGGCUGCUGACCCAUGCAUUGGGCCACACAGCCCUACCUGGCCUGCUCCUGAGCCUGCUGCUCCUGCCCACUCUGGGCUGGUGGCAGGAGUGCCACCUGGGAACUCUGCGGUUCCUGCAUGCCUCUGCCCUGCUCGCCCUGGCUGCUGGGCUCAUGGGGGUGCUGCUGGCGGGCCUUGGGGUGUCCAGUGCAGCUGGCGGCUGCGGCUACAUGCCCGUCCACCUGGCCAUGCUGGCAGGGCAGGGUCACCACCCUCGCCAGCCCCAGGGGGUCCUGCCACCGUGGCUCCUGCCCUGGCUCCUGCUGGCCUUGACACCACUGCUCAGCUCCGAGCCGCCCUUCCUGCAGCUCUUCUGCGGCCUUCUUGCUGGCCUGGCCUACAGAUGCAGCAGGGGCCUUCCGGUGGCUGGAGCUGUCAGAGCGGCGGCUGCAAGCACUGCAGGAGGGCGUCUUGUGCAGGGCACUGGCCGGGGGCUGGCCACUCCAACUCCUUCCUACCCCAGGCAUCCCAGCAGAGCUGCCGCUCACCCAUCCUGCCGGAGCGAGGUGAGCACAGUGCUGAAGACACCCCUCGUGGCAGCUGUGGCAGGGGCUGGCAGUCAGGCCCUCUUCUGCUUCUGCCCCUCCAGGCCUCCCACCCCCGGACCUCCUUACAUGGCCUCCCCUAGCCUCUGGGCCCUCAGUGAAGGCUCAGCCCUGCUCCCGCCAGGCCUGGGGCCUGUGCAACCAGCCUGGGAGGGCUCCUCAGAGGUGGGCCUGGCCUGGGCUGGGCCCAGCUUCCCCCCAGGGACCCCACUGUGGGCAGCCCUGGAUGAGCAGCUGCUGCAGGAGGGGAUCGAGGCCUCACUCCUCGAGGGGCCGCGUCCCGAGAGCCCACUCCGGCUGCCCAAGUCGUCUGUCUCCUCUCUGCGGCUGCAGCAGCUGGAGCGCAUGGGCUUCCCCACAGAACAGGCAGUGGUGGCCCUGGCAGCCACAGGCCGAGUGGAGGGUGCCGUGUCGCUGCUGGUUGGGGGGGAGGUGGGCACCGAGGCCCUGGUGACUCAAGGGAGGGGCGGGCCUGCUCACCCUGAGGGUCCUGGUCCUCCCUAGCCCAUGCAGGCCCAUGGGUGACAAGAGGCUUGGCCCGUUGGUGGGUAGCCUGAGCCCAGCCCUGUCUGCCAAGGGUUGCAGUGUGGUUCGGAAGAGGCCCCUCCGGCUCCCCACCCCGGUACUGUUUAGAAUAAAAACCAGUUCAUUUUUCAAGCUGGACCUCUGGAUGCA